AUGAGCACCAAGACCGCCACCAAGACCACCACCACCACCACCGUCGUCCUAACCGACGACGUAAAGGAAUUGAGGAAACAGAGGUACGAAGCUGCAAAAGCCGUUUCUGCCCCGACUUCUGCAGUUACACAAGCUUCCUCUGCACCACCCCCAGCCAGCACUUCAGCAGCCCGCGUUAUAAGAUCUGACAUGCUAUCAAACGCGUCUGGAAUCACACUCACCGGGGGAACCUUCAACAACGUCGGCGGAACCAUAUAUCGCGAGAUGCCAAAAAACGUCGCAGCGCCUAUGCCCAACGCACCGCAUGACGGGCAGGGGGAGGAAAACGACCAUAUUAUAGCGACCGCGUUCAACAAUCUUAGCAAGUUGACGGUCACUGAAGGAGCAGAUGUGGUGGUGGACAACUUUGGAGAAGAGUUGUUGCCUGGACAGAAGCCUACUAGCAAGAAAGGGGGAAGCAUACAUUCAACUAUGUUUGAGGGACUUAAGGAUUCUGUCAUCGGAGGGGGAACCUUUACGUGUGGGGGAAGAGUACAGUAUCUCACUCCGUCUAGUGGAGUAAAAACUCCAGGCGAGGGAAUCUGA